UUGGGCGAAGAGAUUGGGUUUCUGCAGCAGACAGCGGUUUAAUGGGAUAAAAACGCUUUUUACCGAGUUUAUAAGGAGUAUUUGAGUGUGAACGUGUUUUUGACAACAUUUGCAACAUUGUGUGCGAGGAUUUGCGUAACUUUUGUGAAGUAAGUUGUUUUUUGACAUUGUUUACAAAUCGUGUCCUACUUUCGAUUCUUCCCUUGUGUAUAAUUAUAUAUAUGUCAUAGAGUGUAGAGCGGAUACGAUGCCCCUGUGCGUCAGGUCUUAUGAACUUAGCCAAAAAGUAUGUCAAUCUAUUCGUUUUUUGCCAUUCCGUUAUAUCAAACAGACAGAGCGGGGUUGCUUCUCAAUUCAAUCAAAUAUGGAAGAGACAUCCAAACCAAAACCUACUGGACCCGUUGUGUUUGAUGGAAUGGUCGUUCCGCCGUUCCCGCCACUUUUACAAGAUGCCGGGAAACGAUUUGAAGAAAUAAAAAACAUGGAAUGCCGGAAAGACGACGUCAUUGUAGUCACUUAUCCAAAAUCAGGCACGCACUGGGCGUGGGAAAUAGUAACCAUGUUACUGAAACAAAGAGCGGAAUACUCAAAGGAACCAAUGGAGUGUUUCUUUUUGGAAGCUAUGCCAGAUUUCAAUUUUGUGCAUAAUGUGCCUUCCCCUAGGAUCUUCAACACGCACAUUCCUAUUCGAUGGUUUCCAAAUCAGCAUAUCGAAAAUGGCGCGAAAAUUGUCCACGUUCUAAGAAAUCCUAAAGAUAUCGCUGUGUCAAUGUAUCACCACUUCAAAAAUGUUGGGAUGCUUGGCGAUGUCGAAAACUUUCAAAUCUUUUUGGAAAAGAUGUUCAUGAAUCCAAAAGCUCAAGUUAUGGAUGGAUGGUUUAAGUUUGAGAAGGACUUUGAAAAAGCAAAAAAGAACGACGAACUUGGAGCUAUUAUAACUGUUCAUUAUGAGAGCUUAAAAAAGAAUCCAAUUCAAGAAACCAAACGACUGGCUGAGUAUUUGAAUGUUGAACUUAGUAAGGAAGAAAUCACAGAAAUAUCGGAUAAAUGUAGCUUCAAGAAGCUAAAGCUGGCCAGUCAGACUGUCAAAGACAACUCAUUAGUGGCGAAUGUUGAACUUUUUAAAAAGACGGAGCCGUUUGUUCAUAGGAAAGGAGAAAUCGGAGACUGGAAGAACCAUUUUACCGUUGCUAUGAAUGAAAAUUUCGAUGCAAUCUUCAAGGAGGAAAUGAAAAAUUCUAAUAUCCAAGUGCAAUUCGAGUGACAAUUGGUUUUGAAAGUACCAAUUCAAUCUACGUUUAUUUUGGAACGAAUAUCAAUUAAAUGUAUAAGGUGACGUCGAAAAGGAAGCAUAAAAAAGAACCCGUUUCAUAUUUUCCUUUUUUUUGUUUAAGGUAGUUUUAGAUGUUGGAAGUGCUCACUUCUUGCAAAGCACAUUGCAUAACUAGGUCACAAAUUGAAAGUAUUUUGAUUUUUUUAGUGCAUUGGUUUUUUAAGCUAGUAGUCGUUUGCUUGCAAAUAAGAAUUAAAAAUCUGGUUGAAAUAGAGUAAUCUAGGAUAACAGAAAAUAUAGAAACAUUUUUUUUCACAUUGCAUUGCUUGGUUACAUAUUCAAAGGAUUUGUUAUUUUAAUUGCGAUGAUUUUUAAGACAGUGCCCAUUUGCUUGCAAAAUGAACUCAAAACGUAGUUAAAUUCCACGUAAGAUCACGUGUGAUGAGGUGCAUGCUCCAAAAAGUUGCAUGUACUGUGAUCAUCUUUUUGCAUUAAGAAAAUGAUGUUUGAAUACAAACUAUGUGCAUGAGGCAAUUUUUUUCAUUCAUUUGUUUUGUAAUCAUUCUAAUGUACAAGUAGCGAACAUUCUGUAUAUUGGUUUCAUAUAACGUCUGUCUUGUGCCAAAAGCGGUUUAUCAUAUUUGUAAUGUCACUGACAAACAUCAGAAGGAGGAGAAAGAUGAAGCAUAAUUCAGAAAAUGAUAUUUAAAUGCAAACAAUGUGCAUGAGACAAUUUUUUUUAUUCAUUUGUAUGAAUAUGUUUCAACGUCAUUGCCUUUAUGGUUAUUUAAAAAUAAUCCACAUGUUAGAUAUAUUUUAAAUGCCCACGAAGAAUAAAUCUUCUUUUCUUUGCUAAAGAAUACUGUAAUCUUUUGUGAUUUUUUUUUUACAUUUAAAAAGGUUUAGAAUUUGCUCAGUUUUUUACAUGGCUUUUCGCGGGGUUACUGGUAGUAUCCAUUAUUAAAGAAAACAAAAAUUAAAGCAUAUGUAACAGCAAGUAUACAAAGCAAUCCUUUUCAAUCAAAAAUGAGAACCGAAUGAAUUUUUGUUCUAAGGU